CAGGCCAUCUCUUUGUUCAUUUUAUCUCUAAUUUCAAAGCAGAGGAAACCCUAAAAUAAAAUGAGAAAGAAACAAAAUCCCGUAACAAAAAGACCCAUUAAACACCCUCUCCCUCUGACUUCGUACUCUCUUUGUUUUCUACAUCAAAUCUCUCAUUUUCUCUGUUUUCUCCCUCUGAUUUCAUACUUUCUCUGUGUAUCUACUUUCUUUGAGAAUGAUGGUCUUAUUUAUUGAGUUUUUAUUUUUAUCCAUAUUUUAGGGCAAUCCAAACAGCGGACAAGCAUAUCCAUAUUUCUUAUGAGGUUCUAUCCAAACAGCAGACAACCCUAUCCCAGGGACAGACCAAUUUUAGGAUAAGCCAAUUCCAGUAUAAGCCUAUCCCCAGGACAGUCUAAUCAAAGAAGUAAAACUCUCGCAUAAGUCACCUCUUCUCCACAAGGAAAUUGCUGGAUUUUCUCUUCUCCAUGGCCAUGAUGAAUGUGUUGUUGAGGCGUCGCUCGUCUUCGACUUUCUUCAUUCCCUUGUGGGGUUCUCGGACCAUUUGGCCUCUGUUUAAUCCUCUCUCUCCUGGAGCAGGAGGAGAAAUCACCAUGAAACAGAGGAAUCAAGAGCGCGGUGGUGGUUUCCAUCAUUUUUGUUCACCAUCUCUCUUAACAUUGGGCGCUACAAGCACUAGAGGUUUUGCAAAGGGGAGGAAAUCCAAGGAUGAUGGAGGGAUUAUUCAAGUUGUCCCUGAUGUUGGUCCCGGUGUGAAGGCAACUGCUUUAUCGCAGAUGGAAGCUGCAAUAGUUUCCUUAUCACGGGAACUGAAUAAGUUACGUACUGGGAGGGCAUCGGCAGGAAUGCUGGAUCAUAUUAUUACAGAGGCUAAUGGUGUUCGGACACCCCUAAGUCGUGUUGCUGUGGUUUCUGUUUUAGACUCCCAAACCCUCUCUGUCACACCUUAUGAUCCCAAUGCUUUGAAGGAAGUGGAACGUGCCAUCAUUUCUUCCCCAUUAGGUUUGAACCCAACAGCUGAUGGGCAACGAUUAAUUGCUUCCAUUCCUCCAUUAACGAAGGAGCAUAUGCAGGCAAUGUGUAAGGUAGUUGCCAAAGCUUCUGAGGACGUUAAAUUGAGCAUCAGAAGAGCACGCCACAAUGCAUUGGACACAAUAAAGAAGGCUGCAUCAUGUAUAUCCAAGGAUGAUGCAAAGAAACUUGAGAAGGAAGUUGAUGACAUGACAAAGAAGUUUGUGAAAUCUGCUGAUGAUAUGUGCAAGGAAAAGGAGAAAGAGAUAACGGGGAGUUGAGAUGAGAAGCUCACAUGUAGCCACCCAGUUUCUGCAUUAUGUGCACGACGAAAAAAUCCCUUCAGUUUUGAUCCCUAGCAAGUCUCUGCUAUUUUCAAGGGUUUAGCUACGGGCAUACUACGGUAAAAGAGAUAUAUGAUAGUGAGGCACUUUCAUACAUAGGCUACUUGGCAGUUUUCAUUGUUAGUUUGAGUGAUUGUUUUGCUGAUCAAUGAUUUAAUUGAUUCUGCUUAGGUAUUAACAUAAAUCAUGAUGUUUGUGUGAUUUAGUUUAAAACCCAAUCUUAUACCCAUUGCCGUCACUGCUGUAACUUUGACAUUUUUAGUUCAAUAAAUUUAGUCCUUGGUGUUGAAACUUAAGA